CCCCCUGAAAAAUUAGUUCCACUUUUUCGGAUUUCGCCCCUCCCCCCCCACGGGCAUCGGGACCUAGGGAAGCAGAAGGACUGGCAGGUCCACGGCGAGCUAGGGAGAGCUACCUACCUAAGUUUAAAUUGGAGUAGGAGCUUGUUGAGUGAGGGUUUUUUAUGGGAUGGUUUUUAUUGAAAAAAAAGGGAAAGAAGUGAAAAAAUUAUUUAUCUAUAUUUUUCGUUAACACUGAAAAAGAUUAAUGAAAAAAUACGUUUCCGUCGAGUACCGAACGCACUGAUGAAGAAACCCCCAAUAAAUUCGCCCUUACCUACUCAAUCUCUAAUAAACGCUGUGAAGAAGAAUUACGAGGAUUUUAAUGAAUGAUUUAUAUGAAAAACUUUGAAAGUCACAAAGGAACACAUAUUUUCAAUAUUAACAGACAGAUGGGUACUGUGAAGUUUGGGAGGGAUAGAUAUAUUUUAAAUUUGAUCUGAGAAGUUUAAAUUUGAGUAGGGGCUAGUUGAGGUUUUGAGUAAGAAAAAAAAUUAGCCAUGGCACAAACCAUAUAUAAUUUACUAAUUUCACUAUGGAAUAAAAAUGGAAUAUCACGAGAGCUAGUGGUUAGAAUUCGGUGAAUGAAAAGACAAAAAACGGUACAAUGUGCAAUGACAAAGAUGCUACUACCCAACACCUUUGGAUAUAACAAUAAUAUAUGUAUAAUCUUGUUUUUUAUUGUAUAUGCCAUAUCACAACACUGAUUGGGGCAAGUAAGGUAAGAAGCAUCAUCUCUUGAGGUGGGGAUGGAGUGUUUGAAAAUUGUUAAAUAUUUCUUAAACAUUUUCUUGGUUCACUGCCCUCAAUGUGCUAUCACUUAGGGGUAAGUUUAUUUUAACACCCAAAGUGAGCUAUAUUGUAUUAACAAUAUAAUUUAGGUUAUAUAUAUUAUUUCAUUUAUGUUAGUGCAAAGUAAAUAACAAUAUCUAUUAAUGCUAUUAUAUUGUUCAAACAUUUAUAUUUUGUAGUCUGUAAUAUCCAGACUUGAAAUUAUAGCAUAUACAUAUCAUUAAUGGCACUAGAAAGACAACACAAGUCUCUAGAUUUCAUUGAAAUGUUCCAUAAAAUUAAAAUGACAUUCAAUGAGGGAUAAAGUUAUUUUAGGAAGAAAACAAACAUUAUCUAAAGGAAGGACCAAAAUACCAACAAAUUAGCACAAAAAUACCAAAAUAACUUUCAUAGUUUUACAUAUUUUACACUACACAUGGCUACUGACAUGUGUACCUCUAAAAAAGUUACCAAACCAAAGCAGCAGGCUCAAGCUUUUCUAGUUGAGUUACUUACUUAAGCUUAUACAAUAUUUUUUUACGAAUAUUGAUGAACGGCAUUACUAAAAAGCGGAACCGGCGGAACCAGAAUAUUUCGUUUAGUUAUAGGGGUAGGGAUGUCAUACUAGGAUCACCAUUUAUUUCCUUUCUAAUCUGAACACAUUCCUUUGUGAAAUGCUAAGACAACAUCACUAAGCGCAGAUGUGCUACGUUAUUUCACGCACAUUUGACAUUCUGUCAUAUGCAAUUUGUAUCCAUCUGUAUCCUUGUUUAGAAGCGCGUCUCUACAUCAGGUACAAGGUUAUUUUUAAUCCCUAGAUUUAAUUGUUUUACAUACCUUAAUCCCUAGAUUUAAUUGUUUUACAUACCUUAUUUGCUGUCUCGAUUUUAAAUUCCUUAUAACAUGUACACUUCGAGUGUUUUAAUCAAGCAUUGUCAUCUCUGACUUUUAGCUGAGGCACUGCUAUUACUGUAAGUAAAGUCCAUUUUCUCAGAAUAUACAUGCACUCACUGCUGGAUGAAACCUGGGUAUAAUAAAUUUCACCUUCUGUCAUCAAAAUAGAUGUGAUUAUUACAAUACUCAUAAUCAAUCACUCAUAUUUGUUGUAUAUCCAGUGCGGUCAUGAAUAUUGGGGGUAUGCCAUUGUCUUUAUUUACAGGCUGAAAUUAUAUGGCUUUCAAAAUUAUUUCAGGAAUGGUGCUGUAUAAUUCCACUUUCUGGUAAAUUUGACAUUAUUGCAGUAUUCUAGAAAAAGGAUUACCUUCUAUAUUUUCACAUUGUUGUCUUUUUGAUAUGGAUAUGGUUGUUAGCAUGAUGUACACAGGCACGUACCCAGGAUUGGCUGUGGGGGGAUGUGCAGUCAUAGGUAUAUUUAAAAAGGAUAAGAAUUUGCCCAUUUUUUGUGGCCGAAGGGGGGUGAGCAUACAUUCUGUGCACCCUCCUGUGUACUUGCCUGAUACACAUGCAAGAGAAAACUCGAGUGAAGCAUAUGAGAAUUUCUCAGUUUGCAGCACUGGUCAACACCUUAGUACCAAGUGACACAUCUUGGGGCUUCUCCUGAUGGAAUUAUUAUGAUCCUGUCUGGUAAAAGAUGAUGAUGGUGAUAUAAAACUCAGCUUCUUAUUGUAGAGAUGAGUUUUGUGAUGUUGUUGGAACAAAACAAUAUUUUCAUAAUGCAAUAAUCUGUAAGAACAUUAUUGUUCUUUAGACUAAUAUUUUUUUAACAAACUGCAUAUUACCAUGACAAGCAUGUUUAUAAAGCCAAACAUCAAGGCACUUAAAUUGACAUCAAAUGUUAUUAAUGUUAUUCCAAAACACCUAUUCAAUUUGUCCAUUAUCAACAUAGAAUUCAAGCCCUUUAUUAUCUGUUAUUAUAUUAAGAAAAGAGCUGUAUACUGGCCAUGUUGUAUAUAGAGAUUAGAAAUUAGAUAUAGUUGAUGAGCAUCAAGAAACCAUAUGACUUACAUAUGUGUGUGUCUAAGACUUGUCUGUAAGAUUUGUACAGGGCACAACAAAUAAUGGCUGUGACUCCAGAUCCAAAUGCAAGUCAAAAAUGAAAUCCAUGGGCAGUGUUGGUCUUGGCAUAUCCCUUUGAGGCCACUCAAUGAGAAAUUGCAUUUUUUUAUGCAUCAAAUCCAAGCCUCAUAUGCUAAAUUCAGUUUACUGUGACACAAGUUUAAACAAAGUUGCAUAGGGACAAGUAAUAUUAGCUGCAAACAGGUACAUAGCCAGGAUUUUGGGUGUUGGGGGGGGGGGGGUGUCUAUUAAUUAAGUGUAAACAAUUUCUCUUGGCUAAGGCUUCCUAGCUCGCAGUAUUUCUCAAGUUUAUCCCAAUCUCAAGGGUCUUUUCUCUCAAGGGAAAAGAGUCUCCGACUUUUCUGUUCGGAUAAAGUGAAGAGAACUCUUAUCACAAUUCACUAUUCUAAGUUCCUAAUCCAUUGGACAAAAUGUCAUUACAAGUCAUGUCUGUCUGGAAGGAUACCUCUGUUACCAUUGAGGAAGCCCAUGUUCUGUCAAAGUGAGUGUAUUUCAAUGUAUGAGUCAAUUACAAAAACGUGAUCAUUUCGGUAUAUAAAAGGGAAAUAAACAACCUUUACUUUCUUCGACAUCAUGUUCAACGCCCGAUAUGUUUGUAGUCUCAUUCUGACUGUUAGCUUUCUUACAGUAUAAAAAAUACAAUUUGUUGCGGGAUUUAAACUCGCUGUACUGAUGACAUUCUACCGGCAAAAGAGAAAUAAAGGGAGACUUAAACACACUAUUACAAGGUUUAUAGUUUUAUUAAUCGCGAAAAAGUAAGUUUUUCACUAACAUAGUUAUCUUAACCCCCCCCCCCCCACAUUCCUUUAUAAACUAUUGAAAGUAGCCUUGGGCUACGUGUGACAAAACGGGAUUUUAAUAUUUACAGCGUAAUUACACAUUUCAGAAUUACUUACAACACCACAGACGACAUUGGGGUGAUUUUCAUACCUUUCAAAAACGAAUUACUAGAAACUCUUACGAUUUUCGACUCCUUUUCAUUUGGAGAGACGAAUUUCGCAGCUUUUCACGCCAUUGUUCUGUAAAUUAUUUCGCCUUUUAGUAAAAAUUUCCGCAGAACCCUGAAGAAACCUUCCCUCUUUUGAAUAGAUCGAUUUGUACACUCGAAAACAGUGCAAAUAUAUGACAUUUUAACAGGUGCACGGCACUUGUACGAAAUGUAGAACAACCAUCUUUGCGUGUCUGUUUUGACCACCACUUCAACUUUGGCAUAUCUAAUGUGGCGGAUGUGACGUCAUUUGCAACCCAAGAAUACUGUCUAGCUUGCGCGCGCGUCCACUUUCGUCGAUGCUUCGAAGCUCGCGCUAGAAACAAAAAGGCUCAUGGGAAUUUAUCGAUGGAUAAUUCCAAACAGCCUCUGGUGGUAUUUUAUAAUAUGUGACGUCACAUAAGAAACUACUCAGCUUCGUUUUGUAUGGGUGUGUUAAUUAAUAAUAUGUUAUUAAUUAGGGGAAACGUAUUUUUUCAACUUUGGUGAGAGCUCGAAGAGAGCUCGAGGAUGAUUACGUAAUGUCUGACGUCAUAAUCAGCAUUCCCCCAAACUGAUCAAAACGUUCAUGAAAGCGAAACGAUAAACAAGUAUUCAUGGAGCGUACCAAGUUUUCAAAAUGAUAGAGUUUUUUAAGGACCACCCCGUCCUCACCGGACUAGCAGUCUGCACAGCAGGAGCCGCAGCGUUCUGCUAUUGCAGAAGUAAAUCGAGUGUCGAGAGUGAUGGUCAAGGAAAAGAGACCAAAGAAGAAGUACCCGUCGCGGUACAAGACGCUGUCGAAGAUGUCUCCGCGUGUUUUCCAGCCGACCUUUUGCAAGCGGAGAAGUCUUCACAAUGUCGAGAAUUGCUUGUUUAUCAAGCCCGUUCUUGGGAGCUUUUGCUGCCCAGCUACAAGCAAGUGUUCCCGGAGCUCCACCCCCGGAACCUGCUUAAGAUCUUCAUCAAGCCACGACUGCUGAUGCCAAUUGUAGUCUUUCCCGUGGCUGCUCCAUGGCAAGCAAUCGUUGUCUUUGAGUGUCCCGCUCCCACCGUCGUGCUGGGGGAAAUCCUGUACCUGAUGUCAGCGGUUACCUUCGCCGCUCUUAUAUGCUUUGUUAUCAACUUCGUCAUGAAGAUGCAUAUCCAGUCGAAGGUCAAAUCCCUUCAGGGACGCCCUCUUGCCAGCAUCACCGAGGUGCACCAGAUCCAAGAGGAGAAUGGUGCUUAUCCAUCUAUUGCGUCGACAGACCGCCGAGAGAGUGAUGCUCUCGUAACCACCGAGGUGAACGUCCAGCCGUCCUCAUCCGUAAAGUCGAUUGUGACUGCAUCCUCUACAGGACUCAAGGAGCUCCGCCCUUUUGACCUGCGUGCAUCAUGGGACACACAAAGCCUCGAGAGCCUAGCAGUUUGUGCAUCGCGCCAGGGGCGUCAGGUCACACUCCAUCCCUCACUCGCCGAGUUUCUGAAUACGCUGAUGAGACCCCUCAGCUUAGAGCUUGAGCAAAUGGAGUUUCCGUCAUCAGCUAAAAGACCUGUGCUUGUUACCAUGCAUGGUAGACAUGCAAUCAUUCGACAUCGCGUCAAGGUUCAUCUGAUGGAUUACUGCGCAACAGAACCAGACAACAUGUCUACCCUCAUAUCUUCUGUCAGCCAGGUGUCACAUGAUGAGCAUGAGUGGAUGGUGGCAGAGAUGUCUGAGCACCUUAAAGCUAACACAGUCAGUGUAACCACUCUGCAACUAGGCCUUGAGGGAAUUGGCAUGGAUUUCAUUGAUACAACAGCCCGCCCUCUAUCAGUGUCUGUAUUUGGAUGCUUGGAGGGGGAAGCUCAGGUCGAGACUAAACAAAACCAAGCUUGCAUCAUGGCGAUUGAAGACAUGUUCAAGCCGUCCUCGCGAGUGAAACAGAUGGUGACGGAAUUGCUUUGCGGUUUCAAGAAGCCUUACCGUCCUCACAUUUGUGGAUCAUUGAAAACUCAAAGUGCUGAGGGACGCCCUCUUGCCAGCAUCACCGAGGUGCACCAGAUCCAAGAGGAGACUGGUGCUUGUCCAUCUAUUGCGUCGACAGACCGCCGAGAGAGUGAUGCUCUCGUAACCACCGAGGUGAACGACCAGCCGUCCUCAUCCGUAAAGUCGAUUGUGACUGCAUCCUCUACAGGACUCAAGGAGCUCCGCCCUUUUGACCUGCGUGCAUCAUGGGACACACAAAGCCUCGAGAGCCUAGCAGCUUGUGCAUCGCGCCAGGGGCGUCAGGUCAGACUCCAUCCCUCACUCGCCGAGUUUCUGAAUACGCUGAUGAGACCCCUCGGCUUAGAGCUUGAACAAAUGGAGCCUCCGUCAUCAGCUAAAAGACCUGAGCUUGUUACCAUGCAUGGUAGACAUGCAAUCAUUCGACGUCGCGUCAAGGUUCAUCUGUUGGAUUACUGCGCAACAGAACCAGACAACAUGUCUACCCUCCUAUCUUCUGUCAGCCAGGUGUCACAUGAUGAGCAUGAGUGGAUGGUGGCAGAGAUGUCUGAGCAACUUAAAGCUAACACAAUCAGUGUAGCCACACGGCAACUAAGCCUUGAGGGAAUUGGCAUGGGUUUCAUUGAUACAACAGCCCGCCCUCUAUCAGUGUCUGUAUUUGGAUGCUUGGAGGGGGAAGCUCAGGUCGAGACUAAACAAGACCAAGCUUGCAUCAUGGCGAUUGAGGACAUGUUCAAGCCGUCCUCUCGAAAGAAACAGAUGGUGACCGAAUUGCUUUCCGGUUUCAAGAAGCCUUACCGUCCUCACAUUUGUGGAUCAUUGAAAACUCAAAGUGUUAAAGGAGGUCGUCUUGCCAGCAUCACAGAGGUGCACCAGUUCCAAGAGAAGACUGGUGCUUGUCCAUCUAAUGCGUCGACAGACCGCCAAGAGAGUGAUGCUCUCGUAACCACCGAGGUGAACGUCCAGCCGUCCUCAUCCGUAAAGUCGAUUGUGACUGCAUCCUCUACAGGACUCAAGGAGCUCCGCCCUUUUGCCCUGCGUGCAUCAUGGGACACACAAAGCCUCGAGAGCCUAGCAGCUUGUGCAUCGCGCCAGGGGCGUCAGGUCACACUCCAUCCCUCACUCGCCGAGUUUCUGAAUACGCUGAUGAGACCCCUCAGCUUAGAGCUUGAACAAAUGGAGCCUCCGUCAUCAGCUAAAAGACCUGUGCUUGUUACCAUGCAUGGUAGACAUGCAAUCAUUCGACGUCGCGUCAAGGUUCAUCUGUUGGAUUACUGCGCAACAGAACCAGACAACAUGUCUACGCUCUUAUCUUCUGUCAGCCAAGCGUCACAUGAUGAGCAUGAGUGGAUGGUGGCAGAGAUGUCUGAGCGCCUUAAAGCUAACACAGUCAGUGUAACCACUCUGCAACUAAGCCUUGAGGGAAUUGGCAUGGGUUCCAUUGAUACAACAGCCCGCCCUCUAUCAGUGUCUGUAUUUGGAUGCUUGGAGGGGGAAGCUCAGGUCGAGACUAAACAAGACCAAACUUGCAUCAUGGCGAUUGAAGAAAUGUUCAAGCCGUCCUCGCGAGUGAAACAGAUGGUGACGGAAUUGCUUUGCGGUUUCAAGAAGCCUUACCGUCCUCACAUUUGUGGAUCAUUGAAAACUCAAAGUGCUGAGGGACGCCCUCUUGCCAGCAUCACCGAGGUGCACCAGAUCCAAGAGGAGACUGGUGCUUGUCCAUCUAUUGCGUCGACAGACUGCCAAGAAAGUGAUGCUCUCGUAACCACCGAGGUGAACGUUCAGCCGUCCUCAUCCGUAAAGUCGAUUGUGACUGCAUCCUCUACAGGACUCAAGGAGCUCCGCCCUUUUGACCUGCGUGCAUCAUGGGACACACAAAGCCUCGAGAGCCUAGCAGCUUGUGUAUCGCGCCAGGGGCGUCAAGUCACACUCCAUCCCUCUCCCGCCGAGUCUUUGACUACGCUGAUGAGACCCCUCAGUUUAGAGCUUAACCAAAUGGAGCCUCCGUCAUCAGCUAAAAGACCUGUGCUUGUUACCAUGCAUGGUAGACAUGCAAUCAUUCGACGUCGCGUCAAGGUUCAUCUGUUGGAUUACUGCGCAACAGAACCAGACAACAUGUCUACCCUCCUAUCUUCUGUCAGCCAGGUGUCAUAUGAUGAGCAUGAGUGGAUGGUGGCAGAGAUGUCUGAGCACCUUAAAGCUAACACAAUCAGUGUAACCACACGGCAACUAAGUCUUGAGGGAAUUGGCAUGGGUUUCAUUGAUACAACAGCCCGCCCUCUAUCAGUGUCUGUAUUUGGAUGCUUGGAGGGGGAAGCUCAGGUCGAGACUAAACAAGACCAAGCUUGCAUUAUGGCGAUUGAAGACAUGUUCAAGCCGUCCUCGCGAGUGAAACAGAUGGUGACGGAAUUGCUUUCCGGUUUCAAGAAGCCUUACCGUCCUCACAUUUGUGGAUCAUUGAAAACUCUAAGUGUUAAGGGAGGCCGUUUUGCCAGCAUCACAGAGGUGCACCAGUUCCAAGAGAAGACUGGUGCUUGUCCAUCUAAUGCGUCGACAGACCGCCAAGAGAGUGAUGCUCUCGUAACCACCGAGGUGAACGUCCAGCCGUCCUCAUCCGUAAAGUCGAUUGUGACUGCAUCCUCUACAGGACUCAAGGAGCUCCGCCCUUUUGACCUGCGUACAUCAUGGGACACACAAAGCCUCGAGAGCCUAGCAGCUUGUGCAUCGCGUCAGGGGCGUCAGGUCACACUCCAUCCCUCACUUGCCGAGUUUCGGGAUACGCUGAUGAGACCCCUCAGCUUAGAGCUUAAACAAAUGGAGCCUCCAUCAUCAGCUAAAAGACCUGUGCUUGUUACCAUGCAUGGUAGACAUGCAAUCAUUCGACGUCGCGUCAAGGUUCAUCUGUUGGAUUACUGCGCAACAGAACCAGACAACAUGUCUACCCUCCUAUCUUCUGUCAGCCAGGUGUCACAUGAUGAGCAUGAGUGGAUGGUGGCAGAGAUGUCUGAGCACCUUAAAGCUAACACAGUCAGUGUAACCACUCUGCAACUAAGCCUUGAGGGAAUUGGCAUGGCUUUCAUUGAUAGAACAGCCCGCCCUCUAUCAGUGUCUGUAUUUGGAUGCUUGGAGGGGGAAGCUCAGGUCGAGACUAAACAAGACCAAGCUUGCAUUAUGGCGAUUGAAGACAUGUUCAAGCCGUCCUCGCGAGUGAAACAGAUGGUGACAGAGUUGCUUUCCGGUUUCAAGAAGCCUUACCGUCUUCACAUUUGUGGAUCAUUGAAAACUCAAAGUGCUGAGGGAGGCCGUUUUGCCAGCAUCACAGAGGUGCACCAGUUCCAAGAGAAGACUGGUGCUUGUCCAUCUAAUGCGUCGACAGACCGCCAAGAGAGUGAUGCUCUCGUAGCCACCGAGGUGAACGUCCAGCCGUCCUCAUCCGUAAAGUCGAUUGUGACUGCAUCUUCUACAGGACUCAAGGAGCUCCGCCCUUUUGACCUGCGUGCAUCAUGGGACACACAAAGCCUCGAGAGCCUAGCAGCUUGUGCAUCGCGCCAGGGGCGUCAGGUCAGACUCCAUCCCUCACUCGCCGAGUUUCUGAAUACGCUGAUGAGACCCCUCAGCUUAGAGUUUGAGCUAAUUGAGCCUCUGUCAUCGUCAGCUGAACGAUCUGUGUUGGUUAGCUUUAAUGGAAGAUACGCGACCAUUCGACGUCGCGUUAAGGUUCAUCUGAUGGAUUACUGCGCAACAGAACCAGACAACAUGUCUACCCUCCUAUCUUCUGUCAGCCAGGUGUCACAUGAUGAGCAUGAGUGGAUGGUGGCAGAGAUGUCUGAGCACCUUAAAGCUAACAAACUCAAUGUUUCCACUCUGCAACCAAACCUUGAGAGAUUUGGCAUGGGUCUUAUGGAUAUGGCAUAUAAGAUAUGUUCUCUAUUAAAGCCUGGAUUUGGCAGCGGGAAGGAAGAAGCUCGUAAGGAAGAAUCCGAGGAGACGAAACAAUACCAAGCUUGUUUUAUAUCAACUGAAGAAAUGUUCUCGCCGGUGAGACAGAUGGUAAUCGAUUUACCUUCCGGUCUCAUGAAGCCCUACCUUCCUGGCAUUCGUGGAUCACGAAAAAUCCAUCUAAUCUAUGACUGUGCCACAGCGCCAGAGCAUAUGGCAGCGCUUCCAUCGUCUGCCAUCCAGCUGUCACAGGAUGACCAUCAGUAUUUGGUAGCAGAAAAGAGAUCGGAUUGCCUCGAUGCAACUCCUGCAACAGAUCUUGCAAGAGUUGACGCAUGUUUUCCAGCUAUAGCAGUCCCUAAUCCAGUGUCUGUGCCUAAGUCAGCUUCGUUUGGGGAGGAACGUCAAGGCGAAAACCCUAAUCUUAAGCAUCAUGAAUGUUGUGAAGAAGAGCCUCAGUGCCCAAUCACAGAGCCCAACGGUGUUACUACGCUGAGAACAGAUUUUGCAGGUGAUUUACCAGAUACACCAUUCCCAACACCAGUUUAUGAGUCUAAAUCAUCUUCGCUGGGAGAGGAAAGUAAAGGCGAAGACACUGCGCUAGAGCAGCAUGAAUGUUGUGUAAAAGAGCGUAAGAGUUUCAUGUCAGAGAUGUUACCCGAAGAUAUCACUGAUGGUGUAUCUAUCCAGUAUAAGCAGUAUCUCAAAAAAGACGAAGAGUCAAGUGUAGAAGAACCACAGCUGGUCAUUGGAGGCGAAGAGGAUCGGGUACCAAAGAAUGACAACGAUGCUAACCUAGCAACUGAUGCAGGUGUUGUGCAUACUCCAAAUGAUGGCGUUGAUCGGGAGCUUCCCUCGGAUUGCACAUUUCCCAUGUCUACUAAUGAUGGGGACACUAGCAAAGAAAACCAGCAGCUUCUUCAUAAAUGCGCCCAAGCACAGAAGAAGAAGGCAAAGCGCAAAAACCAAAGACCAAAAACAUCUCAACGCAAAUCACGGACAGGGAAACAAGAGUGUCAGAAGAAAGAAAACGAACCAGAGUUAUCGGUAAUAGGAAAGGAAUCCAUCCUUCAUAACUUCAGUGCAGAAGCUAUAGUCGAACAAGACGUCGUAUCUGCUAAGCAAUACCCCAUGACACAGUCAUCAGACGCGAGACGUGAUGAAAUCAGCCAUCAGGCUGAAGAGAGGAUUCCUCAUAAGACGCCGACAGCUUCUGAACUAGCCGCAAGUAUAACGGAUGCACAAGAAGGAAAGGUCAAGGGGAUUAAUAAGCUCAACGUUCGGACAAAGCAGAGCAAGUCAAAAAACACGGAUGCAGAGGCUGAAUUAUUGUCUGUGCAAGGAGUUAAGAUCAAUCUCCGAGAGAGCAAAAACCAGAACAGAAAGGAAAGCAAAAAAGGGAAGCAUCGGAACAAUCAUGUCGAUGAUUACCCCAGAAAGGGCCACGCCUGUGGAGUAAUGGGUAGACCUUCCACGCCUUCCACCACCAAGAGGAGUUCAUACGCCACAGCGGCCCAAAAGGGAAACAGCACAGGGAGAGAAAACCACAAAGAAUCAUACCAGAUGAAUGGUAUGGUACAAGAUGGUGCAAGAUCAAAUAAUAGCUUGGAUUCACGUGAUGCGAAGAGCAGCUCGCGUCUUCUCGUCAAGGCAAACAUGCACCAAGGGGAUGCAAGACUUGUCAUCCCAGGAGUUCAGUGUUGUUCCAUUGCUCUCUGUGCCAUCCUCAGGGCGUCCGGCAAAAGCCCAUUGCUCUGGACGCCCGAGGACAUGGACGAUAUAAUCCUCACCGGGGACAGAAAACACAGGGAGACUCAAGAGAGGAUGAAUCGCUCAAAAACCUCGUUUCUCCACAUUGACGAAAUAGAGCUAGAUAUCAAACUACGGGGUCGGCACUUCCACUUGAAGAGAAGUGAUGUAAUGUGUGGUGACAUCAUGAACGAUGGCACAGACAAGAACAGCCCGCUACCAGGCAUUGAGAGUAGCAUUGAAACUCUAAGCGAGUAUGAUAUGUUUAUUGUUAGAUAUUUAUUGUAUACAAUCGCUCUAUUUAAGACAUCUCAAACAUGGUUGUUGUUUGACUCGCAUAAUCGCGAUCAGAAUGGAUUUAGACAUCCUAACGGGAAGGCCGUUCUUCUCGAGUUCAAGACUCUAAGAAGUGUUGCGUGUUACAUCAGGCGGUUCGUGAGUUCCAACGGCUUCAGUGACGAGACGAGUCCACGCCCGCUAGAUGAUUCGCAAUUGAGCUAUGAACUGGCCGGCAUAAAGGUAGCAGUGCUUAGCUGAACCAGGAUCCUUUGCGGUUGGCAAUUACUGGCGAUCCUUUGCUUACUAUUCUUAUAAUAUUGUAUAUUUUGUAUAUAGCUAAUAAAAUAUGUUCAAUAUCA